AGCAAAGUGAGUACUUCAAGAACAAUAGUGGACUACUCUCACUGAGUGAACAAACCAAUAUGAGCAAAAUGAUUUCUUUGGGAGGACUAGUGGUCACGAUCUCAAGCUUUCUAUGUGUAUUUCUUCUCUUAGCUCUGAUCAAGAUCUUCCACAAGCUAUGGUUGACUCCGAUUCGCACACAGAAACUGAUGGCCUCUCAGGGAAUCAAAGGCCCUUCAUACAGAUUCAUCCAUGGAAACACCAAAGAGAUCUCCAAGAUGAAAAGAGAAGCCAUGAGCAGAAGGCUCACGAGCUUUUCCCAUGAUAUAUUUUCUCGAGUCCAACCUCAUAUCCACUCAUGGAACAAGACCUAUGGGAAGAAUUUUGUUCAAUGGUAUGGUUGUCAAGCUCAGCUGGUGGUUUCGGAGCCCGAAUUGAUCAAAGAGAUACUGAACAAAAAGGACACCUAUCCGAAGAGAAAGCUCACACCAUUGACAAAGACAAUAUUUGGAGAAGGUGUAGCCACAACCAACGAUCCCAAAAAAUGGGAGAAAUUGCGAAAACAAGCCAACCAUGCCUUCCAUGGAGACAGCUUAAAAAGCAUGAUUCCUACAAUGAUAGAUUGUACUGAGACGAUGCUACAGAGAUGGAAAAGCCAUGAGGGCAAAGAGAUUGAGGUGUAUCAAGAAUUCAGAUUGCUGACUUCUGAAGUGAUUUCGAGGGCAGCAUUUGGCAGUAGCUAUUUAGAAGGGAAGAACAUUUUUGAUAAGUUCAACAAGCUAUGCUCCCUGUUACUCAAAUCUUCUUUAAAUAACAGAUUUUCUGGCAUCAGCAAGUUUUUCAAAUCCAGCGAUGACAUUGAAUCAGAGAAGCUUGAUAAAGGAAUACAUGACUCCAUAGUAGAGAUCAUUAAGAAAAGAGAAAACGAGGCAAUGACUGGAGAAGAUGACAACUUUGGGAGUGAUUUUCUAGGAUUGCUUUUAAAGGCUCAUCAUGGUGCCAAUGACAACCAACGGAUUUCGGUUGAAGAAUUGGUUGAUGAGUGCAAAAUCUUUUACUUUGCUGGACAUGAAACCACUAAUUCUUUGCUUGCUUGGACCAUCCUUCUUCUGGCACUCUAUCCUGAAUGGCAAGAACAAGCGAGAAAGGAGGUCUUACACUCGUUUGGCCAACAAAUUCCAGAUCCUGAUGAACUUGCCAGCCUAAAAAUAAUGGGUAUGAUCAUCAACGAGACUCUACGGUUAUAUGCUCCGGUUAUCUCCUAUGAAAGGAAAGUUGAAAGGGAGGUUAGACUGGGAAAGUUGAUAGUUCCUGCUGGCCUUGAUUUGUACAUUUCCAGUUUAGCACUUCACCAUGAGCCUCAAUUCUGGGGAGAAGAUGUACAUCUUUUCAAACCAGAGCGAUUCUCCGAAGGUGUUGCUAAAGCUACUAAUAAUAACAUAACCGCAUUCUUGCCUUUUGGAAUGGGACCUCGAAUCUGUCCAGGGUUGAACUUUGCUACCAUUGAAACCAAAAUAGUUCUUUCAAGGAUUCUGCAGAACUAUUCCUUCACCCUUUCCCCAGGUUAUAUCCACUUGCCCUAUGAAAACCUCAUUGUUCGCCCACAACAUGGUGUUCAAGUAAUGCUACACUUACUGUGAAGUGUGAACAGAGAUCAAACACCAGCAUUGCUCAUAAUAAUUUAAGACUCUACACAGACAUCAGUGUUUAUCUUGUCAAUUUUGAUAUGAUAUAAUGAGAUAUCUCUGAUUCGUUGUG